UGGAGAAAGAAGGGAGAUGUGCUGCUGAUGGGUGGAGGGGGAUGGGGGCUCUGUCAUGUGAAGGGAGUGUCCAGCCAGGAGCUGUCAAACUUUCCACCUGCAGCCCCAAGCUCAGGCAGGGACUUGGUGUGGGACCAGUGACUGAGGACUGGGGGGUCAGCAGUAGCACUAGCAGCAUCAGCAGCAGCAUCGCUCCUCCACUGAGCCUGGGCUCAUGCAUCAUGCACAGCUUGCCUAUCCUCAGCCAAUACCUCUCACCGUGUGUGCACUCAGCCAGGCUGCUCUCCAGCACAUAGCAGCACCAUAAAGACGAUCCUCAGCAACACAUUGCGCAGCCAGGGUAUCCUCUGCUGGAAUGUCCAUCUCCUCUGCACGCUGGACUUCCUGAAUACUGCGCUGGCAUUGACAAUUGGCACAUCAGACCUCACACCAGUUCAGGGGCCACCGACUCCAUCCAACUGCCCUAUCACACAAUGAAGCUGAUCAUUACAUUAAACACCCGACUCAGGUGCCAGACAAAGCGUGUCUAGGUGAGAGUCAGCAGCUUUGGGCUGCAGAGCUUACACUUCCAGAGCUCAUCUGUGGUCGGAUGCUACCUUCACAACCCCAACCUGUCCACCUAUGGGGCGCCUAGGGACUAGGUAGACUGUAACUUUAAUGACAGUUGUUGCUGUGAUCACUUCUACCUGUAGUCUUAUGCAAGAACACAUUAUCCUGGAUUUUUUUUUUUGUGUUUUUAAGCAGCUUUAUGCACAUAAACGAUAGUAACUUACGGUUCUUCCCAAGGAGGGCAAGGCAGGCUUUUCAGUCGGGAAAAUAGGAAUAUACUGCGAUUUUGCACAAAGACAUUAUCUGUUCUGAUCUUCGCUAUUAUUACCUCUAGUUGCGGGGGUUUCACCACGCCCCCGCGGAUCCUUCCACUGGAAUUAUUUGGAAUUGGUUUUGUUAACUCUGCAGAGGAAGGUCGGGGAGCCGGAACGGUGUUCAGAGCUUGAGAAGAAACAUGGAGCCGUGUGAUGGGAGAACUCUGUUGGCCAGGGUUUCUUUCUUCCUUCCCUUGCUCUCCAAGUUCUUAGUCGGCUCCACUCACUUUUCUGACAACCAAGUGGUUCUCCUUGACACCACAACCGCUAUCGGGGAAUUAGGAUGGAAAACCUAUCCAGUGAAUGGGUGGGAUGCCAUCACAGAGAUGGAUGAAUAUAAUCGGCCUAUUCAUACAUACCAAGUAUGUAAUGUCAUGGAAGCAAACCAGAACAACUGGCUCAGAACCAACUGGAUCUCCCGGGAUGCAGCACAGAAGAUUUUUGUGGAGAUGAAAUUUACUCUCAGGGACUGUAACAGCAUUCCUUGGGUGGUGGGGACUUGUAAAGAGACCUUUAACCUCUACUACAUGGAAUCUGAUGAUGCCCAUGUAGUAAAAUUCAAGCCCAGUCAGUAUAGUAAGAUUGAUACUAUUGCUGCUGAUGAGAGUUUCACACAAAUGGACUUAGGGGAUCGAAUUCUGAAACUGAACACGGAGGUCCGAGAGGUGGGGCCUAUUACCAGAAAAGGGUUUUACCUUGCGUUUCAAGAUAUCGGAGCCUGUAUUGCUUUGGUGUCAGUACGUGUCUACUAUAAAAAAUGUCCGUACAUGGUGCGCAACUUGGCUAUGUUCCCAGACACUAUUCCAAGGGUGGAUUCCUCUUCUCUUGUUGAAGUUCGAGGGUCCUGCAUCAAAUAUGCAGAAGAAAGAGACACCCCCAAACUGUACUGUGGAGCUGAUGGUGACUGGCUUGUACCACUUGGACGCUGCGUCUGCAGUGUUGGAUAUGAGGAAGUGGAUGGAACUUGUCAUGCAUGUCGGCCUGGAUUCUACAAGGCAUUUGCUGGAAAUAUCAAGUGCUCCAAAUGCCCUCCACACAGUUUCACAUAUGUGGAGGCCACGACUGUCUGCCAGUGUGAAAAGGGUUACUUCCGAGCAGAGAAAGACCCCCCAGCCAUGGCUUGUACAAAACCUCCUUCAGCUCCAAGAAAUGUCAAUUUCAACAUAAAUGAAACGGCUCUUUAUCUGGAGUGGAGUCCGCCUUUCGACACCGGUGGCAGAAAGGACCUUGUCUACAAUGUGAUCUGCAAAAAAUGUGGAGCAGACAUCAACCAAUGUGAACUUUGUGGUGGAGGAAUUCGAUUUGUACCUCAACAUUCUGGCCUGGUCAAUGCCUCUGUCAUCGUCCUAGACUUUUUAUCUCAUGUCAACUAUACAUUUGAAGUUGAGGCAGUCAAUGGAGUUACCGAGCUGAGUUUGUCUGCCAGACAGUACACAUCUAUCACCAUCACAACGGAUCAGGAAGGUGUCAAGUCGCCCCUUGAAAAAGUCACUUCAGAACCAGUUCCUGAAUCUACUACUCAGACGUCUAUUGCCUCUCACCAGGGUUAUGUGGAUAGACUGAGGAGAAACCUGGCUUCUGCAUUUGAGAAGGCCCGUUUGACAUCCGGGAGUAGAGAACAAAGAAACAAACGGAACUAUGACUUGAGGGUUCGGGUACAGGAUUUACAGCCAGGUGAUCGAGUUCUAUUAAGAAAUUUGGGUGCUUCGGCCAGGCACAAACUAGCUGAUAGAUGGAGUUCUCAGAUCUACAUCGUCUGUAAACAAUUGCCUGACCUGCCAGUGUACCAGAUUCGACCAGAGGGAAAGACCGGGCCACUGAAGAAUUGGCAUCGGAAUCAUCUCCUACCUCUGAAUGAAGCUGUGCGGGUACCAGAUAGAGAUGAGUCUCCUUCACCCAUUCCAUCCACUUCCCGUCAAGCACCUGUUACUCGGUCCCAACAGCCACCUUCUACAAGAGAAAGUGAGGACGACAGCGAUGAGGAAGAUGUGUGUCCGAGUUGGAUGUGGCCAUCUGAACCUAUGGAUGUUCAUCCAACUAUAUGA